AUGGUGCCCCCAGCUCCUUGCAUAACCCCCACCCCUCCUCCCCCCCCUCCCCCUGUGGUUGCUGCUGCACAAUUGCCGGCGCCUAUAGUCAGCCAGCCACCGCGUGACCGUGAUGGUUGUGGGUCUGUGAGUCGGUCCCGUGGGCGUCGGUCCCGAUCGUCCUCCCGGGGUUCUGGCCGAUCGCGCAGGAGCAGAACUGCUGUGUCGCAUCAUGGGUGUAGGAGACAUUGUCGCCGGGAGUCCAGGAACAGGGACAGGUCCCGCAGGUCCCGUUCAUCCCGCUGGCGUUCGCCCUCCUCCUCGGGGGAGAGUUCUUGGAGUUCCGUUAGCCCGGACAGGAGGUCUCGUAGGCGUUCGGGCAGGCGACACAAGUCCAAGCCUGCUCGGAGGUCUUCGAAUGGAGCUGACCGACCUGGGGCUGUAGAUACACCUGCACCCGUGGAGCGUGUGGACCCUGCUCCGGUUCCUCAGUGUGGACCUUCAUCUUCUCCGACUGUUGUUCCUGCGCAGACGGUUCCAGGACUUCAGGAGGUUGUGCCCGACGGCAGAGCUGGAGGGUCGACCGUGCCCGCCUUUGGUCUGGGGCCUAGUGACAGGAGAUUGAUGCCACUGCUGGAAUCGUCGAUGGCGGUCUCUACGUGGUCAGGACAUGUCGCUGUUCAAGCGGUGUCUGCAAUACGCGGGGGCUCCCCCUUCCGAAUUCGGAACGCAUUCCUUUCGGAUUGGGGCGGCUACGGAGGCGUCCAGGGCAGGAUUAUCCUCCGGUUGCUACGGUUGUGCUCUUGGGCCACUCCUAUGUUCAUCGGGCGGCACAGCGAGCGGCCUGCCGUCCUGGAGGGAGAUCGUUGGGUUUCCAUCAAGUCGAUGCCCAAUGGAGGGGGAUUCCAGGUAUGA